CAACUUCUUAGCAACUAUCCAGAUAAAACUCAUACAAUCAUCUAGAUAAAUAAGCAUUUCUAAGAAUUCUUCUAAGUUCUACACAAACCUUACAACACUAACAACCGCAAAAAUGGCCGAUCGUACCAUCUGGGUCCCAAGCGAAAUCGCCUUCUUCAACGAAGUUGUUAACAGCUUCGAAGAUAACACUUUAGAAUCCAAAUGGGCAACCAUUGCCCGAGGAAUGAUUUCUGAACAACCCAAACAUCUACGCGGCGGUGUACUCUUUGUGCAAGAUCCCUGGCCAGAGCGUUUAUACACUCCUCAGAGAGUCUUUCUCCAAUGGAGGACCAUGCAAGAAAAUGAGCCAAACUCAGCGUGUAUUCGAGAAUCGGCGCUUCCAGAGGCACUGGAGGAAACCAAAGUCGCAGUGCAGGAGUUGGAGAGAACUUUGAUGAGCUUGGAGGAAGCGGGAGUUUCGAUCUUCUCUUGGCAGUUUGUGGAAGGGAUUGAGCAGGAAUUGGAGAGACUCAGAGAGAUUGGGGAGGAGUUUGAGAGGUUGAAUGAGCUUACGGUGGCUAAAGACGCUGAGGAACAGGCGGCGAAGACGAAGACUGAGGAGGAUAUGCAGUUUGAGAGGAAUUUGCAAACCUUGGAGAGGAACUUGCAACGCUUGGAAGCUUUGGGAAACUUGGGGGAAUUGGAAUUUCCGCUUUUCUCUGAGGGCUUUGUGCAGGCGGUUGAGGAGGAGUUGGAGAGGUUAAAAGAGCUUCGGAAGGCGAAGAGUAGGAGAUAAGAAUGCUCAGUGAGUUCUUUUUUCUCUCGAUCGCUUUCUUUAAGUUUCAUGAUUUACUUACUGGUGCUUUUCGAAUCAUUGGUUUGUAAGCAAGUGCUAAGUAACAUGAUGCAAGUAUUUUUGAGGUAGAUCCGCAAAGAUACUUAGUUGUGAGUUGUUUGCCAGCAUAUUUCU